CAAGUCUUGUAUUUAAAAGAAUGAUUUACGCACUUUCUUAUGUGCUAGGUGAAAUUUGUACCUUGCAGGAUGUCAAUUUCUACCCCUUUCGAUCGUUCUAUGACGUAAAUUUCAGUUAUUAGUGAAUUUCCCUUGAAGUUUUUAUGACAUUCAAAAUGUGCAACUGCCCGGAAGAACCAAAGUCCGAUAUUAUAAAGAAAUGUGCUGGAAAAUUUUCCAAAAAGAAAACCCCAAGUCGGGAACGCGACUUGGAAAUUGCAAAAUCGAUUUUGCAACGAAGAAGCAACUAUUCCGGAGAUAAUGUUUUUGACCAUUUAUGCGACUUGAUAAAAAGAAUUAUUGAUGAAGAUCCUCCGAGCGUGGUUGAUUGUUUUGAAGAUUAUAGUAGAAUUGUUCGUGAGGAGAAGUUUCAUAUGCUGGAGAAUAAUUUCGUCAAUUCGUACAAGGAUCCCCAUUCUUUGCAAUAUGCAGUCAAUAUUAUGAAAUCAUUUCAGAUCUCGUUGUAUCCAGAAAUAGUACCUAUUGGUGAAGAAGAGGAACAAAAGCCAGAGGAAGUUGAUGAACCAGUCUAUACUCCAACAACAAGAGAUGUUAUGCAUUUGCAGUUUUAUUGGUCACUGUGUGGAUUUGGUGUUAGCGAAGAAGGCUUUCUACUGUCACACUCCAUUGAAAAGUUUGAAAAGCAUCCAGCAAUUAGCAGUUGUCGAUUCUGGGGUAAAAUGUUCGGCUUGAAAGCAAACUACUAUAUUUUGGAAGCAGAAUUUACACAAGAAGAAAUUGCUAAACGGGUGCAACAAAUGAAAUAUGAUAUGAUGGAGAAAGCUCGUAUUGACAGAGAAGAAGAUGGUUUAAAACAAAGGUCAGAAAUUCCACGUCCGGAUCUGUUUCCGGGUAUGAAAUGGAAAGGAUAUCCUGAAGCAGAUAUAGCAAAAAUGAAUAUCAAACAGCCCCCGUUACCCAAAAAUGACUACAAAAGACCAUUAGAUAUUCCACCGGAAAUUAUUGGGAAAGGAUUAAAUCGGUAUGCCUAUUUUGUCUGUACAGAUCCAUUAGAAGAAUGGAUAGAACUUCCAAUAGUUACUCCAAAGCAAAUUGGUGUUUCACGAAAUAUCAAAAAGUUUUUAACUGGUAAUUUGGAAGCUCCGGUUGUCAGCUAUCCUCUUUUUCCCGGAAAAGAGAAACAUUAUCUUCGAGCGAUUAUCGCACGUAUCUCUGCCGGGACUCAUAUUUCACCAGUUGGCUUUAUGAAAAUUGGCAAAGAAAGAAGUCCAGAUAUCGAGGGGGAAGAGGAGGAGGAAGAAGAAGAGGAAGCCGAGGAAGAGGAAGAAGGAGGCUCAUCUAAGAUAAAUAAUGAUAAACCAAUAAUUGAAAACAAGAAAUAUAAGCCACUUCCUGUCCGCAACCUACUGGAUAUGCAAAGUUGGCAGCACACUCGCCCAGCUAUCCUGACUCAAGGCCGCGUUGCAGUAUAUGAUGAGAAGAAAUAUCGUAAGGAGUUCGGCUUAGAUGGUGGAGAGAAUGAGGAAGAUGAGGAAGAAGAAGAGGAAGUCGAAGAGGAAGAAGAUGAAGAUGAAGAAGGAAAGAAACCGAAGCUCUUAACAGAAAAAGCGCUGGCUCUUUUUACUGCCAUAAAUGAAGAUACGCUAGAUUUCAAUAUACCCUCUUGGAGUCUGCGUAAGUCAAACUGUCACAAUACAAAGAAUAUGGUAGUUAUUGCAAAAUCGAACGUCUGGCCCGGAGCAUUUUCAUUUGCAAUGGAAAAUGUAGUCGAUAAUUUAUACAUCGGUUGGGGUAACAAAUACGAAGUACGAAAUAUGUCACCUCCACCUCUUCCCGAUAUUCAAGAAGAAUAUAGCAUUGGCCCAGAAAUACUAGAAAUUCUUGAUCCUUCAGCGAAGGACGAAGAAGAUUGGCGUAUCGCACACCUAAAAAUUAAAUCUGAGCAUCAUGGUGAAGAAAUCGGUAGAGAGGAGGACCUGGAUGAAGAAGGAGAAGAAGAGGAGGAUGAGGAAGAUUAGUUGGAAUGAUUAAUUUAAGAUAAUUUAUUCUAAAUGAAAUUAAAUUGUUGAAACUGCGCUCUUAUUCCCAACCUUUAUUUUUUGUGUACUAUUGAAAGAAACUUGUAGGUGUGGUUUGAAGUAAAAUUUUAUCUUAAAAAUUCCUGUCUUUGUUUCAUGAAUAAAAAAAGAAGGAAAUUUUAUUUAGAUUUGCUAAGCUUCUCAUACUUUUUAAAUAAAUAAAUCCUCCUCCUCUAUUAUAAU